GCAUGUCAUUUUCCCAUACGUGUGACGUCCUUGCAUGCUUGGACGUGCAGCUGGGCGGAAGCACGCAGUCUAUCCAUCUUACCGCCGUUCAAACGGAGUUGCCGAGCAUGAUCCGCUUGUGCAGGGCACGGAUGGAGCCCACGUGUCACCGUCCACGCGGUAAUUUUAGAAACACAGCUAGGACGGAUGAGGAGCUACCCGAUUGGCGCCGAACGAAGAGCAGCGUUUGGGAAUGUCCGGGAACGAAGAACCUUCUGGACACGCAACGUCAUCUCGCGGUCUUCAGGGGAACUGCGAGUCGAGGUGCGGUAGCUGCUAUAUAUGGCCUGGCGCAGCUCUUCAGGAACUAGUUCUCCAGUACCUGUACCUUACCAAAGCCCGUUCACUGCAGCCAGAUCCGAGCAAUUAGUCCUUCAGAUCCGAGCAAUUAGUCCUUCAGAUCCGAGCUAUUAGUCCUUCAGAUCCGAGCAAUAAGUCUUCCAGACCGACAGGUUUCUUCGUCACCUGUUCGAGUUACGAGCGCCAGCGGGUGACAUGGCGAGCCAACAAGUUUCGCAGGUGCCAUGUGGCGGACAGGCACAGGCUGAAGGGGAGCAGAAGCCGCAGGAGGGCGUGUCAUGGGCUGCACGCGUGAAGGGAACCGCGGAGAAAGCGCCAGCUGAAGGGAAGACGACCUCCGAGAGAAGGAGCACCACGGAGCAAGAGAAGGCUAAGGCUGCUGGCGAGCACCAGGCAGCAGCUUCAGCCAAGCGUGAGGAGGCGAAGAAGGAAGCUCAGCAGGCGGGCAGCCAGGUGACAGAAACCGCGACGAAGGCGGCUGAGGGAACAAAGGAGAAGGGUUAUGAGAUGAAGGAGAAGGCGAAGGAAGGAGUUAUGACGGGGACUGAGAAGGCGACUGAGAAGACCGAGGAGCUGAAAGAAAGGGCCAAGGAGGGGCUUGGCGAAACUGCAGAAACUGUCGAGGCUAGCUUCGGGAAGGGUCAGGAGGAGGUUCAGAAGGGAGAGACGGCUAUUGGCAAAGGGGUGGAGGUUGAAGGGAAGGAGGAGGCUGCUGUUCUUCAAGCGUCUGCCAAGCGGUUGGGACAGCUGGCAGAGGUUGUGAAGGCGAAGGGUGUGGAAGCUGAACAUGUGGUGGAGGGAGCGGCUGGAAAGAUUUAUGCUGACGUCCAGCGGGCUAUGGAAAAACUUUCUGUUGUCAGGCAGGGUGCGGGAGAAGGGAAGGAUGCUGGUGAGGGGUUGAGUGGAGUGGAGGGAGGUGAGGGAGGGGUUGUUGGGAAGGAGGGGGGUGGGGUUGGAGGGAAGGGGAUAGAGGGGGCUGGUGAGUCAGUGAAGGCUGCUGGAGAGGAUUUGCAUGAAGCAGUGAAGACAACGCAGGGUGUGACUCAGACGGUUGUGGUUGGUGCUGCGGAGGUGCUUGUUGCUGCUGGUGAUGCUGUCACUGAUGCUGCUAAGGCGAUUGGAGCAAGUUUGCAGUCACUAGUCCAGCCGUAUGAGAAGGGCAAAACUACCCCCUCCACGAGCACCCCCUCCACGGGCACCCCCUCCACGGGCACUCCCUCCACGGAUAUUCCUGCCAUGGAGACCGCUGACAAGAGCAGAUCUGUUCCCUUGGACACCACCACUAAGAUGGAGGAAAGGAGCCAGCCAACCAGUGCAGGUGCCAAGAAGCAGUGGACAGACUAGAGCCUGUAGAAUUGAGUAGCCUCUGUAUAUAGCCAGAAUCUU